AUGAAAUCGAUGGUGGUGUUAUUCGCUGUGUGCGCCGUGGCGUGCGGCUCCCUGGUGCCGCUGGCGCAGCCUCCUCACCAUCCCGCGCUCGUGCUGGACCCGCACGGCCGCCCGCUCGACACCGCCGAGGUGAUCAACGCCCGUGCCCUGCACCUGCAGGCUAAGGCCCUGGAUGGACACUACGCUCCCCUCGCGCACGCUGCCGUCGUGCCCGUCGCCCACUCCGUGGUCGCCCCCGCCGUGGUGGCCGCUCCCGCCGCCGUGUCCCACCAGUCCCGCGUGGAUGUGCAUAGCAGCCCCGCCAUCGUGAGCCACGCCGUCGCUGCUCCCGUAGUAGCUCACAGCGUAUACUCCGCCCCCCUGCUGGCUCACUCCGCUCUGGGAUACGCCGGUCACGGACACUACCUGAAGAAGCGCUCCCUGGGACACCUCGCCUACGCCGCUCCCGUCGUCGCCCACGUAGCUCCCUCCGCGGUGUCGCACCAAUCCCGCGUGGACGUCGUCUCCAGCCCCGCCGUGGUGUCUCACGCCGUCGCUCCCGUAGUGUCCCACGCCUACGCCGCUCCCGUAGUGGCUCACGCUGCCCCCGUUGUCGCCGUGGCUCCCGCCGCCGUGUCUCACCAGUCCCGCGUUGAUGUGCGCACCAGCCCCGCUGUCGUCUCUCACGCCGUCGCUCCCCUAGUCCACGCUGCUCCCGUCUACGCUUCUGGCUACGGCGCUCACGGAUACGCCGCAUACGGCGCUCACGCUCAUGGACUCCUCCACUCUGCUCCUCUUGUCCACGGCCACGCCUGGUAA